GAUUAGGCCUCAGUCUAGUCUGAGCGGUCGAUCGCAGCGGUCGGAUAUGGUAGUGCGCGAAUUGAUUGGAUCAAAAGUGAAGUGUACAACAGUCAGGAAUUAUUCAAGAACGUAGAACAUCCUCGCCGAGACGAAAUGAAACUAAAGCUGAAGGCAUCGGUAGUGCUGUGUCUGGUAAUACUGCUCGUUCUGGUGGACGAUGCUAAUGCCCGACGUGGUCGUGCCCGAGGACGCACCAAGUCAAGGAUGCAAAUCGGUUUGCCAAUUACGGGAAAGUACCGAGAUCCGGAAUCCGAUCAAUAUUACAACAACAAUAAUGGCGCCAAAAUCACACUUGCCUCGCACUUUGACUAUGAAUACGUUCUGGGCCACAAAAUAGCGUUCCUGUGCGUAGCUCGCGGCACACCCAGGCCGACGAUCACGUGGUUCAAGGAUGGAGUGGAGAUCUUCAGUCACCUUUAUCUGCAUGUUCACGAGUGGUACAUUGGGAAGGACAAGGUAAAAUCCAAGAUAGAGAUAGACCCCGCCACCCAGAUGGACGCCGGAGUGUACGAAUGCACGGCAGACAAUAUGUACUCGAUCGACCGGAGGAGUUUCAAGACGGAUUUCUCGAUUGCGUUCGAUUAAUGCUCGAUCGCCCUGUGCCAUGGACUGUGUUUCUAGUGAUAGAUUACUACUGUAAAGAUUAAGGCUAUGUGGUGGUGUUACGGUUCUUAUUGCUUCCGUUUGUUAGACAGAUUCAAAGCUUAACUAAUCAGAGCAGCACAUUUUUUUAGGUGUCUCACAAGGUCAAUUUGCUGCCCGAAAAUAAGAGAGAAAGAGAGACAAAAAUACAUAUCAAUAAUAUAAGGAAA